GACACUGGCGCGUUUCCGCCAUGGCAGCACCUCUUGCCAGGGAAGGAGCUCACGCAGGACGACGCCGCAAUGGACGAUACCAUCGCAACCAUAGCUGCGAGGAACAAGCUUGAGCGCGUGGCCGCCUACAGGCAGUUGCAGGGGACGUCGCAUCAGCUUUACCUGCUGUCAGGGCGCGCGCUUGACGAGUUCGACUUGCCUGACGCUGCGAAUGUGAGGCCGACCGACCAGACCGAGUCUCGCAUUGUUGUUCCAGACGUGGCGAGCGGAACGGAUACUGCGUACAUGGAGGACAGGAUGUCUGGAGAACGGCUUGCAAUUUUACCCGCCGGUCGUGCGAAGGUUCCGCUUUUGACGCUGAUGCUUGACCAGGGGUCGAUCGGGACAGCAGGGGCAGCGUUUUCUAUGUUCCACCAGGGCAAGAUGAUCCACGCCAGGUUCGACAAGAUCCACAGGGUCAUCAGGGACUUGAAGCAUGCAGAGAAACAUUGUAUGGAUUCUCUUUUUAUGGUGUGCAAGAUGUGGUCAGCGUACCUGUACGGCAUGAACAAUAG